UUAGAUAAAUUUAUGUCGUCGGUCGUGCCUAAUCAGAUUCCUAAGUGCAAUAUUAUCGGAGAUGCAAAAGUUACCAGUUAGGAAACUACAAACGCGCGCGUGUACUUGGAUAGUUGUAUGAUAACCUCGGCCACCGUAACACGUUAAAGGGCAAUGUCUAAAAUAAUAAAUUAAACACAUGUAACAGUUACACUAAUAUAUUUAUAUUAAAAUAUUGUACGUAAUCACUGUAAUUCAACUGAAACUGUUUAGGGUGUCAAGGUCCGAUUUAAAUUCGCCAGUAAUUACCUCGACGGUGCGCACUUCAGUGCAUGGAUCUGCCAGUGCUACUCCGACCAUACGCAUGAACGUGUACACGGCGACGACGACGACUGAUCGUGUAACUGCGGCUGAUUGCGAUGGCGGAGAAGGUGGACGAAACUAUAGCGGAUAUGACCGCGGCCGGAGCGUUUGGGCCGGACAACCGGCUUGUUUCGUUCGAACUGGAGGGUCUGCACACCGGACUGGAUCAGUUCGCGUCGUGCGUCCUGUACGGCUUGGCCACCGUCGACGACCGUGACGGCCGACGCCACGAUCAUCGGCUUGUGUUCAAGUUCAAGCACCCGACACUCGAAAAGCGGGAAUUUUACAAUAACGACAGGCAGUUCCACAAUGAGAAGCUGUUCUACGAACGUAUCGCUCCGUUCUUGUUGGCCAGCCGCGGCUCGCAGCGCAACGGUGACAGUACCGCGACACCCACGCUCUGCCGUUACUUUUACGGGCGCAAUGAUUGCGACGAACAGGCGCACCGAGACGUGAUCGUCUUGGAAAACGAAUCCGUCCGUGGAUAUCGGACGGCGGUGACUAGCCACAGGUUGUCUUUAGAUUUUGACCAUCUGAUCGUUGCACUCCGGACUUUGGCAAAAUUUCACGGGCUUUCCUACAGGGCAAAGCACGAGGACUCGUUGAAGUUCAAGGAGAUAAUUGCUGAUGUGAAAGAGACUCAAUGGUCCAAAGACGGUGAAUGGUAUUUCCAUCCCAGUGUACUCCAAGGAUUGUUUUCGGUGGCCUUGGACAGGCUAAAAGAACGUCACGUUGCGGAUGGUAGCUGCGGUGACAACGAAGUGGAGUGGAUUAGCCGGUUCCAGACGGAACUGUUGACUGAUGCUAUGCAAUCGUUGAGACGCAUAGUCGCUUCCGUCGGACCAAUGUCCGUCCUGUGCCACGGCGACUUCAACCGGAACAAUCUGCUGUUCCGGUACGACGACGGUGGCCGUCCGGUGGACGCGCUGGCGUACGACAUGGCCACCAUGCGCUACGGGUCACCGGUCCUAGACCUGUCGUUCUUCCUGUACAUGAACGCGGAUCGCCAGACUCGGGACGAUCACUGGGACGCGUUGCUGGACGUGUACUGCUCUACGCUGGCCGCGGAUGCGGGUGACGUCCCGGUGCCGGGCCGCGAUCAGCUGGACGCCGAAAUACGCGAAUACGGGUUCUACGGUCUGGUGCACGUGUCGUACUUCGCAGGUAUAAUGUUGGAGGAAACCACUCAGGUGGAUUGCAGUGAGUACUUUGAUGCCGAUGAAUUCAAGAUGUUGAAUUUGUUACUCAGAAAUGGCGGUGAACCGGCCAGAGAAUGGUUCGCCGACGCCGUUCAACACUUUAUCCGCUGCAAGUACGCCGGGUCACCCGCUUACAGCACCGUCGCCAAUGAAGAUUGCUUGCCGAACGAAAUAUAAAUAUUUUUUAUUUUGACUGUUGGUUUCUCGAGAGAAAUGUUCAAAACAUUACAUCCACAGGUUGUUAAACAAAAAUGUAUUUAAUAAUGUUUUACAUCUAGUUACAAACGAUUUCAGAACGAUACGUCGUCGUCAUGAAAGUUUAAAGACUUCCGCUUUUCGUUUUGUGCGUGUUCACUUCUAUGUGCCAAAUACACUCAGUGUUUACAGACAAGAGUAAGCUACUAUCACGCAAUCAUUUUCUCUGUUUUACACACGCAUAUUAUACUAUAUUUAUAUUUCACAAUAUUCCAGUAAGAUAUUGUCACUUAAAAAUUAACAAAUGCACCCUUAUAAUUAAAUAUUAAUACAAUAACAUUAUCCGUGUUCUCUCUUUGGGUUUAUUCGAUGUUUGAAUUUUAAAACUAAUUCUAAGUAAUUUGAAAUUUUUAAAUUAACUGGUGUCCCGAUUCCCUUGACUAUCACAAUUAUAUUAUAUAGUGUUUUUUUUUCAUUAUACAUUGUAAAUAAAAAAAACAUUUUUCUGUAAAAUUGGAAUAUAUAUAUAUGUGAGCAAUACUUUUUUUUUUGUACAAGACAUUUAGUUUAAUAUGCACUAUUGUACAGAUAAAUUGUAAUUAAAAUAUAUUUAAAAAUUAUGAUAUUAUAAUAAAAGUUAAAACUAGUACUGAAUUAAAAAAAAAAAAAAAAAUUAAAU